GGGAAGUGGGACAGUCGUUUGCCGUACCUCGAUCCCUGAACCUGCGUGCCGGCCUCUUUGUCCUCGCGAUUUCCACCGAAGAGGAAUUUCCUUAAAGUAAGAAGUUAUUGAAUGUCAGUGGAAGACAGAGAGUCCGAGACAUAAUACUGGUUCGGUAAAACGAGGCCUGGUGAAAUGAAGUGACGGUGAAAGUUCGCCGUUUUCAAACGAUCGAAUCAUUUUCUUUCCCUGAGGUCUGCAUGGUCUAUUUUCGAGUCCGCAGUUAAAACCUUUUCAAAGUGAUUUUCGUUUCUUUUACAGCUUUUCAUUUACCCGGCAUCGAUUGUGGUUUGUGCUUUGAGUGGAUCGAGUGUAAAAGCCCUGGGAUUAGUUCGCAAAGUAUCGUACGGAUUGAACAAGUCUCGUUCAAUACUCUUAAGGUUACUUCUACUCGUGUUUUAAAAAUUAUCGCGACUGUAUUUAAUUACACAAUUCUCCAUUUCUCGAUUAAUCGUUCGAUAUAAAAUGCUUUGUCGCACUUCUCAGUAAUAGUCGUCGUUUGAUUAUCGGUUCAUACAAGAAUUACUCAAAUCCUCCCGUUACGUUUGAGGUCCGAUUAAAGCUCUCUGACUUCCUCUCGGUCCAGUUCGCGGUUACCGAGGACUGCGAAUCAAUCAGUGGGUGAUUGAUGAGAAGCCUGCAGUGUCACGUGAAUCCUCUGUCAUCGGAUCGUGUGUCCAAUCAGGACGAGUCUCUUCUGCAAUUCCUACUCGCUGGGUGAAAUUUAAUUUGCAAUGCUGAUCUUUUGAUGGCAGGCGAUGAUGCGGAAGGAUUUUAAACCUGAAAAAAUCCACGCGGAUGAUAAACCACGGUGCUUUGAUAGUCGAUAAGAAAAAAAAGAAAAUUCAAAUUUAGAGUAUAUUAGAAAUACCAACUACCAUGUAUUACCAACUAUAAUGUUUCUCUGAAGACAAGAGCACUGAAUAACGAACUUUAGCCUGAGAUUUACAAUAUUUAUGUAACAUCAUCGGGAGCAGCUGACACGUUUGAAACGAGAAUUAUUAACGUGGAGAAAUGACACCUGAACUAAAAGUGAAAAGUUGAAAUUGAGUAAUAAUUUUUUGUGAAACGUACGUCGCGGACGCCGAGGGAACUCGUGCUAUUCGCGAAGAUGGAUCACUGGCAAAUGUUCGCUUUCUUUUUCGUCGGAAGUUUUUUUAAAGACAUUUGGGCGAUCAACAUAAAGGACGUGAGAAUCCCGAAGGUGGUGAGAGAGGGUACGGAGGAGCCGAUUAUUCUGGACUGCAACUACGAGAUGGGAACAUCAUCGAACACUGGUCUCACGAUAAAGUGGCACAUCGGACCGAAGGUGCUGUAUCAGUGGGUUCAGGGAAGUCCACCGCGAGCUUCCGAAGAGUUCCACAAGUACGUCGACGUGUCCUACAAGGCUAGCAACAACUCGAACACCAUGUACAGGGCCGUCAAGCUUGUCAGACCUGGGCUCGAGCUCUCCGGGAACUACAGGUGCGUCGUCUGGACUCACGACGACGAGGUCGAGGAGGAAGAGAGGAUGGUGGUGUACUCGCCGGAAAAUUACUUCACUAUACAUCAGGAUUACAAAAGUACGGAUGAAUCGAACUGUGAGCUUAUCGUCACCUGUCUGGCCAAGGGCUUGUCUCCUCUGCCAACGAUAACGCUGCGAAAGGACAUGGAAGAAAUCUUACAACAAAAAGCAGUCAUUCCUCGCGCUGAUGGACGGUACGAAGUCAAAUCAGUCGCCGUUAUGGACGCCAAGAGGCUUCGGCCUCCCGUCACGUUCAAGUGCGAAAUCCACAUUCAAGACGCCAACUACACCAACUUCAAGGAGGUCGUCUACAGCAGCUGUGACGCUCGGCUGCCUCGAACUUUCUUCCUUGCAGCCAUCUUCGCUGUUCUAAUCCUCUUUGCUGGUAAUCAAUAGUGAUCUGUUCAUGCUAGUGAUCCUGAUAAUGUGAACGAGUGGUAAAGACGUGUAUUUUUGUCGGGCUGAAUUUAGUGGGAAGAAAAGGGGUGUGCAAACUUUUCGCAAGACCGGGUGUGAUUUUUUGCGUCUGGAAAAAAAAAUAUAUAUAUAUAUAUAUAUGCCCGCAGUUGCGACGGAAUUUUAUAAAUCCUUUAUCACUGUAACGCUUGCAAUUGCGCAAGGACUGAAAUUAUCGGAGGCGAUUUGUUCCUAUAGAUUAACGUGUCAGGUUUUUACUCGAGUGUUCAUUGUUCGACGUAAUUUUUCAAUAUUUUAUUUUUUCCUUCUCACGCGAAAAAUCGACGAGUAUAACAGCUAAUUCCAACAAUCUUACCCGAGUGAAUGUAAAAGUUGGAAUAAAUAUGCAAGAAACGAACAGAAAUUUAUGUGUUGAAUAAAAAAAAAUAAAUAAAUAAAUAAAAAUUGUCCAAUGUCGUGAAAACGAUUCACGGAUAAUAUUUAACGCCUAAAAAAACACAUUACUUUUAUUAUCGACGAUCGACAUUUCAAAUAAUUUUCCCGGCCUAAAUAAACACUAUGAGUUUAAUUUAAAAUUAGUAAAUUUUACUGGAAAUAUCGAUCAAUUUUUCAGUGUUGAACAUUUUAAAUUCACGUCUUUGGUAAAUACAGAUAGAAGAUUUUACUCUGAAUGACAAUAUUAAAGACAAAUGUAUCGAGGUGAUGUAAUUCGUAAGGUGACUUAAUUUACUGAACAAUUCUAGGCCAGCUGAUAGAAAAUUUCCAGUUUGAAUUUCAAAUUUCUCAGAGUCGAUUGAAAAAAGGUCCUAUUAGGAUUUCUAAUAUUUUCAAGAUGCAAUUCUUCAGGCGUUGAUCUAUUUUUUCUGGCGUAAAAUUUGAUUAUUUACGUACAUAGCUGCGGGACUCAAGAUUUGAAAAUGUGGAAUCAAGUGAUUAGAUUUUUCGUACUUUUCAAUCAUCGAUUUGUAUAUUGACAGAAAUAUUUGCUUGCAUACGUGUCGUGUAAAUAUUAUAUUUGACAUAUAGUUAUGUAAAAUUGAAUCGAGGCCAUUCAUUCAUUCGUAUAAUUGUAAAAUUAGGAGAGAUAAAUAUUCUCUAUAUUACGUGGUCCUGUUUCAACUCCGAUAAAUGUAUACCGAUAAUAUAAAAAUUUAUUACAUGUAUAGGCUUAAAUGCGAAAAUUACAACGCCAAUAUCUCUGUGUGUAAAAAUGAUGAUUAAAAUGGAAAUGCUUUAAAGGGAGUAUAAAAAUAUAUGUAUAAUAAAAAUGGUGAAAUUAUAUGAUACAUUUAAUGAAUGAUUGGCUUGCUUGGACAAUGAUAACGAAAAUAACGGAAUUCUUAAAUUAAUUAAUGUAAAUUAAAGAUGAAAAUCAAGCGAAAACAAACAUUCGUUAAAGAGAAAUGAUGAAUAAUAAAUGAAGGGGGAUAUGAAUGUACAGAAUACAGGGUGCUAAAUUUACUUGUCGAUUAUAUAACGGAUCGUGAUUCGAAUGGCAACAACACGAAUUCGUGAUACUCAAGUUUCGUAAAUUUCAAACCAACGUAACCGAGCUACACUCGUGAGAUAAGAAUUAGAAAUAAAAUUCCAAUCGUCCGGUUAAUAAAAUCGAUAAUUUCAGUUACGGUAACGAAAGAAUUGCAAAAACUGUUAUGUAAAGCUACUUAACUGUAAAUAAUUGGCUAAUACUUUGAUUGACACUGUAGAUUGAAAAGUGCAAAAGACAAAAGAAAAAGAAAUCAAUCCUGUCGUCAUUUUGAAAGUAAACUUCAAAAUCAAUUACGGCCGAUAUAAUUCGAUCGAGCGAUAAGACGAAAAGUGACAUAUUUUGAAAUGAGAAUUUGGCUAAAUAAAAAAAUCUAUCUCACCAUGAAUAUAUAUAUGUAUAGAUAAUAGAUAUACAUGUGCGAAGCUAAUUGAUCAAGGCUUGACCGGUUUCGUUCAAAAGUAAUUUGAAUUAUCGAUCACGUCAUUUUCGGUCAUUUCGUGAUAAGUGGUUAUAAUAAUAAUAAUAAUAAGUAUACAUAGGUGUUAAUUUGUUAAAAAUAUAAUAACCAUGUACAUGUUUAACAUAGGUAUGUAUUAUACGACCACAGGACAUAUUACGAUUAUAAUUUAUAAAUUUAUUAACACUUGUAAUUCGAUUUUCUAUAUUUCCAGAGUGAAUAACGAUUGUUAAAUAAUACAGCCUAUGGUAUAUAUAUAUAUAUAAAAGAAGAGAAAAUUAUGCGAGAAUAUAUGAUAUAUAUACAGAUACAUAUAUAUAUGUAUACAUAUAUAUAUAUAUACACAUGUAUAUUUUACAUUCAAAAUACCAAGCCGUGUCACGCUAUAUGCAUAAAUAAAUAUACAUAUUGUAUAUGUGUAUAGAUAUUCAAUACUGUACAAUAUAUCUGUGUGUAUCUGUGUCACGUGAGUGCGAUAAUUAAAUAUUUAUCGCGUCGUUUAUCGUAUUUACGCGGAAUAUUAAAAACAAGGUGAGGUGAUAGGGUUGCGAAAAGAAACAAUAACUAUUUAUUUAUAGCGACUUUUCUCACACAAAUGAUCACAGCGUUUCAUCGUCGACUUUUUCGUAAACAACAAUAUAAUAUAUGUUAUAUAUAUUAUAUAAUAUAAUAUAUAUUUCAUGUUAUUCAUAUGCUAGUGUAAAUGUUCAGAUCCUCCGCUGAAUAAUCAAAUGAAAUAAACGAACAAUUUGACAAAAAUAAUACGGAGUCGAAGAGUGAUUGCCCGGAUCGCCUUGGAGAUUUCGUCAAAUUUAUGUGCGUCUAGGGGAAUGCAGAAGAGUAUAUUUUCAUCCUUGUAAUUCGCACGGCGUGACCGGUAAAAAAAAAAAAAGACACAAGCAGCGUCGAAAGGAAAAGCCGCAUUGUCUCUUCGAAAACGUGAUCGCUGCGUGUAUCGCAAAAGAAAAAAAAAAAAAGAAGGGAAGAAAGAUAAAUCGUGUAAUUCCGGGAGUUUAAUUAAUCGCGGUAACGCAACCGAGCUAAAUUUAUUACGCUUUUAUCAGCAGUAAUAUUAUAUAUCCAUCUGCACGUGAUGCAUGGUGGGAAAUAACAAUUUGUCAAUUUUACGAAACAAUUUGCAUGCAUGUUGAUCUUGCCAACUUGAAGUUCGUUGGUUAUUCUCAGAUAUUAUGACAAAUAAAAAGUAUGUAACUAAAAAAACACCGGGACGAUAUCAGAUCUAAUAAUUCAGUCGAGCCAAGGUCUGUCCUGUGUCCCCCAUCUCCAUUACGUUAAUAAAAUUCAUCGUUCGCGUCGUUAUAACGAGUAAAACACCUGACGUUUAACCACAGGAAAUGGCGAUAAAUAUGCAAGAUGUUGCUGAGAAAUGAAAAAGCUUCGAAGAAGUGAAAUUCGAGGAAAAUUUAUUCGUGCGGAUGAGAAAAAAAAAAAAAAACGUCACCAGGAAGAUGAUUUAAUACAAAUUAUAUCGAGCGGGAAGAUUGCAAGUAAAUUCUAAAAUAUAUUGUUCGGUUAAUAUAUAUUUUUUAUUACUUGUAUUACAAUAAUUAUGACGGUCAGAAAAUGCCGUCAAUUUACGCCCCUCUCGUUCUGAUUAUAACAUGCGAAAUAUUAGUUCUGAAAAAAUUGAGAGACAAACGGCAUUAGAAAAAUAAAUAAAUAAACGUUCAUUCCUACGCGUGUUAUAAUU